CGCGCACGGCUGCGACUCGCAACAACAACUCAUCCAUGCAAAAUAGCAGCGCGAUGUCUGACCGACUCCUGACCGCGCGCACACUCAGUCGCUUCCACUCAAUUUAUAUGGUUAAAAAAUAAUAUCAUUUCGCAGUUAAACGUGUCCUUUUCCCUCCCUUUUUGGAUAAGAGAGUCAGACACGGAGCUAUUUCGACGCAGUUGCCUUCCUGAGAAGAAGUCGCUCUUGCUUGGAGAAAAAAUUUUUCCCCCUCAGACGGUGAAGGAGCUCGACGACGCCGGUGCUGGCUGAGUGUGUGUGGGUAACAGAUAAGUUCAGUUUUAACACAGCGACGGUGUUUGAAGGAAUAUCUGAAACGCGAGUGAGAAAGUAAAUAAUCCUGCCAGGUGCUCGAGGUGUCCCUAGCUGCAGGAGCUAGCUAACCAACCGACAUGGACCGUCCCGACGCUCGGCAGCGCGGAGCUGACCCACUGCUAGUCACUUUCGCUAGCAAACUUUCCUCUGCUUAGCAGCCGAGCUAAAUCCUAGCUACAUCGUCAUUUUAGCUAAGUGACGAAGACGCGAUGCCCGUGAGUCACAGAGCAGGCUGGCUAAUCUUCCCACAGCAUCAGGGCGAGACUGUGGUGCUAGCAGGCUAGCUAGACGGAUCGAUUAACUUGCCGAAGCUAACGAACUUAACGCAGCGCCUGGGGAAGGAGUCGGAGUCAACACCGGGCGAAGUGUGUGCGCAGGGGAUCAUGUACUGUCCGUCCACUCACUCCGGUGUCGGACUGUUUCAUCGUCGCGAAUGAACUCGGAUACUCGACUGGGGGGAAAAACAAGAGGAGGCAGAUAAUCAGCUGGGAGCACUGGGAGCACUGGGCCCUGUGUGACUGAAAAGAUGUCUGUCCCAGUCCUGACUCUGGGGCUUUACGCCGUGCUUCUCCUCAGUCCUGUCGCAGCUGCCCAGAGCGAGGAGAGGGAGUGUGCGUUUACCGACCAGCACCAGCAGUUUGAUGAGCAGAGUGUGGCUGGUGAUUGGCAUGUGUCGCGAGAGAACAACACCAUCCUGUGCAGCAAGAGCAGCCGCUGCUACGGUCUCUGGGAGAAAACCCAUGAUGGCGACAUUCGCCUGGUCAAACAAGGCUGCUGGACGUACAUAGGUGACCAGCAGGAUUGCCAUGACGAUCGUUGCGUGGUGACCAACACGCCGUCACAAAUCCAGAAUGGCACGUACCGUUUCUGCUGCUGCAGCACAAACAUGUGCAAUGUGAACUUCACUGAGAACUGGGUGCCCAGUCCCACCAGCGCCACCAUACUAGACCCACGGCCUCUGCACCGCGAGGAUGCCAUUAUCAUCACCCUGGCGUCUCUCUCAAUCGUAGCCGUGCUCAUUGCGGCGGUCUGCUUUGGCUAUCGCAUGUUGAGAGGAGACCGUAAACAAGGUCUGCACAAUAUGGACAUGAUGGAGGCAGCAGCAUCCGAGCCCUCAGUUGAUUUAGACAGUCUGAAGCUGCUGGAGCUGAUUGGCCGUGGCCGCUACGGCUCGGUUUACAAAGGCUCUCUGGAUGAGCGCCCGGUUGCGGUAAAAGUCUUCAGCUACGCGAACCGUCAGAACUUCGUCAACGAGAGAGCCAUUUACAGAAUCCCCCUGUUAGAGCACGACAACAUUGCACGUUUCAUCGUAGGAGAUGAGCGCCUGACGACAGACAGCCGGAUGGAGUACCUGCUGGUGAUGGAGUAUUACCCACAUGGCUCCCUGUGUCGUUACCUGAGUCUGCAUUCUCUAGACUGGGUGAGCUCCUGCCGUCUCGCCCAUUCGGUCACCAGAGGACUGGCCUACCUACACACCGAGCUGCUAAGAGGAGAUUUAUAUAAACCUGCAGUCUCGCACCGAGACCUGAACAGCAGAAACGUUCUGGUCAAGAACGACGGCACGUGUGUGAUCAGUGAUUUCGGUUUGUCCAUGAAACUGACAGGAAACCGUCUAGUCCGACCUGGAGAGGAGGAGAAUGCUGCUAUCAGUGAGGUGGGGACAAUCCGCUACAUGGCCCCGGAGGUGCUGGAGGGAGCAGUGAACCUGAGGGACUGUGAGUCUGCUCUAAAGCAGGUGGAUAUGUAUGCCAUCGGCUUGAUAUACUGGGAAACCUUCAUGCGCUGUACAGACCUUUUCCCAGGGGAAACAGUACCUGAGUACCAGAUGGCUUUUCAGGCGGAGGUAGGAAACCACCCAUCUUUUGAGGACAUGCAGGUUCUGGUUUCCCGAGAGAAACAGAGGCCAAAGUUCCCCGAAGCUUGGAAAGAGAAUAGUCUGGCGGUUCGUUCGCUGAAGGAAACGAUGGAGGAUUGUUGGGAUCAGGAUGCAGAGGCUCGAUUAACAGCUCAGUGCGCAGAGGAGCGCAUGGCAGAGCUGCUCCUUAUCUGGGACAGGAACAAGUCAGUCAGCCCCACUGUCAACCCGAUGAGCACAGCUCUUCAGAAUGAGAGGAACCUCACCCACAGUCGCAGAGCUCCAAAGAUGGGGCCCUACCCAGACUACUCCUCCUCCUCAUAUAUCGAGGACCACGACGGCAUAGUGAAGAACCUACCUGGAGACAUGUCCACCUCAGGCACGUCGUCAGUGAGUGGCAUUGGUUUGAGUGGCCCGGGUACAGGGGGCACAGGAGAAAAGAACAGGAACUCCAUAAACUACGAGAGACAGCAGGCCCAAGCGCAGGCACGUCUCCCAAGCCCUGAGACCAGCGGAACCAGUCUAUCCACAAGCACUACCACCACCACAGCAGGACUCACCCCCAGCACGGUCAUGUCCACCAUUUCUGAAUCAGUCCCAUCUGAGGAGGCUGGAGCAGGCCCAAGUAUGCCCGUUUGCCUGCAGCUCACCCAGGAAGACCUGGAAACCACCAAGCUGGAUCCCAAGGAGGUGGACAAGAACCUGAAGGAGAGCUCUGAUGAGAACUUAAUGGAGCAUUCUCAGAAGCAGUUCAGCGCUCCUGAUCCACUCAGCACAGGCAGCUCCAGCCUGCUUUACCCGUUUAUAAAGUUAGCAGCCGAGGUGAGUGCAGGGGCGGGAGGUGGGCAUCAGGUUGAAUAUGGAGCAGGUAGUAAUGCCACACUUGAUGCCCCACCCAGCAUGUUUCCCCUUCCAAAACAACAAAAUCUUCCCAAGAGGCCCACCAGCCUGGCUCUUGGCUCCAAAAAUCCUAGCAAGGAGUCUUCAUCCUCUCGGCUUAAAUUUGGCAGGCACAAGUCCAACCUGAAGCAGGUGGAGACGGGUGUGGCUAAAAUGAACGUAGUGGCGGCAGCAGAGCCUCAUUCAGUUACCCUAACCAAUAAUGGGCCUGGAGUGAGAAGUGGAGCUGGAGUGCUCCUGCUUAACGGCUAUGCAGGUGUUCCCAGUAGUGCUAGCAGCUCCUUCGGGAACACAAACCCAGCCGGACCGCAGGGUGAGGGGGGUGGCCUGCCUUUGCUCCAGAGCCAGCACAGUGGGGAUGACAUCCGGCUAAACAUCAACAUCAACUCUAGUCCGGAUGAGCACGAACCGUUGCUGCGCCGAGACCACACAGGCCGCACCAACUCCAACAACAACAACAAUAGCAACAUCCACGCUGCACAUUCUGCUGUGUCGGGUACAACCAGUACAGCACCUACAGGACCUGCUCCACCAGAGCUGCAAUUACUGCAAGUGAAGCAGGAAGCCCCACUGAGGCAGGACAAGCCCAGAAGACCAGAGAGACCCAACUCCCUGGACCUGUCGACCACUGCACAGGACUUUUCUGUUUCAGGUGAGAGCUCAUCUCAGGAGGGAAAAGCAGCGUCGGCUGAAAAGAUAAAGAGACGUGUGAAGACUCCUUACUCGUUGAAGCGGUGGCGCCCCUCCACGUGGGUUAUUUCUACAGAUACGUUGGAUGGAGAGGUCAACAACAACGGGGCAGGUGGGGGGCAGGGUGCAGCAGGUGCUACUCGUUCUAAAUCCAGCACUGCUGUUUUCCUGGUCGGAGGGGCAACUGCCACGGCAACGCUUUCCUCUGACCCGCCUGGCAUGACCUGCCUAUAACCUUUCACCCUGCUAAAAAAAAAAAACGGCUACAAGCAGCUUAUUGAUACUGGAGGGUUUGGCAGCAUGUUAUAGGAGGAAGAGAAAACCAUUUUCUAUGAUACACUUUGCAAGCACUUAACAUCAUGAUGUUUCUUGAUUCUCUGACCUUUUAUUUUAUUUUAAUUCUUUGUAAGUAAUUGCUUUAAACCGAACCCAGCUAUGCAGCAUCAUUGGCUUAAAAUGCUUCCAUUAUUUUAGUCGUCCUGUUAAGUAAAUCAAAGUAUGAUUCAUGUGUCUGGUUGUUUGAUAAUUAUUUUCUUGUAUUUGUUGCACUUUUUUAUAAUUAUGAUCUUAAUCACAUAGUUAUGUCUGAUUUCUUGGAGCGUUUUUAAAUCGGGUCUUAAAACAUGGAAAAAAGAUGACAAUUUGUUGAUUUAACAAUCAAGCUAGACGGCUCAUAUGGACAUAAAUGAAAUCUAGUCCGUAUAAAAGUUGAUAGAAAAUGCAGUGGUCUCUAAGAUCUUUGACUGCAAUAGCAUUUAUGUUUUAUGCAUAGUACAUUCAAGCAUCUGUUGUAUGUAAUAUAUACAUGUAUCCCCCAUUUUUGUAUUACAUUCUGAAAUGUGCAAUAGGCUUUAGCUUUGAGGUGCUCUUCAGUACUUUUAAUUUUGUUGGAUGUUUUGCAGCAUUUUCCAUUUUUUAACAUAAUGUUGCAAACUAAACAGUGCACUUACCUGCAAUCUUCUAUCUUUUUAACCGCCAUUGUGUGCAGUUAAGAAGCAUCUCAUGGAUGACAAUCCCUUCUUUUCAGUCCCAUUCAUCCUGAGAGGGAAAGGUAAAAUGAUUUCUGUGCGAGUGCAUAUAGGUUUUUCUCCUCUGUUGGAGGUGCACAACGACAGAGGACAGUGAAAAAAUGUUUGAAAGUUUGAAGAAUGGAGGAUUUUUAGUUCUGUUACAAUCUGAAUUUAGAUCUAUCUCAGUCUGAUCUCUGGAAAAUGUUCUCUUUUAUUACCAGACUCUGAAGUGCAUACUUUAUUCAUUUAUUUUGAGAAGACUUGGACUAGGCUUCUACAAAGUGCGGAUCCACAUAAACAUGUCUACAUUACGUUAACAGUCUGAUGCGUUACUUUCUGCAUACAGAUCUGUGUGAGAGCACUAGAUCAGAUGUGAUCUUUGACUUCUUAUUUCUGAAGAAGACUCGUAUGAGAAACGGACAUGUCGCUUAGGUUAGGUUGUUGCUCUCUGCAUUCCAGUCACAAACAGCACCAUGGACACCAAGUAUGUACUUCAAAUGUAAUUUAUAUCUAAUGUUAAACUACAUAGACCUGGAACUGAUUGUGUACAUUAAUGUGCGCAUUACACAUUACUUCUGUCGUGAAAGCUGUACUGAAAUGACAAAUAUAGGGUCAAUUGUGGUCACAGUCAUGUCUCGGAUAUCAAAGUAAUCUUAAGUCUUGGUUGUUAGCUUUUAUUCCAUUAUUCAUACAAUCAGAGGGAGGCCGAGUCCAGAUGAAUGAUAAGUGGACAAAAUGAUGCAUAUACAAGGCUGUUACUUCAGAAUUUAGUCAUGUCGUUUUUUUUUUCUUUUUAACAGUGCCAAGGGCCCAACCUCAAGGCUGUCUGUCCAGAUUUUUUUUUUUAUGUUCUAUUAUAUUAUUCUAAUGAAUAUCAUUAUAUAUUGCAUCCAUUUGGAGUUUGUUGGUAGUUUAAGGGUUGCACUGUCAUCCAUCCUUGUGCUUCGGUGUCAUUCAUGUUUAUGAGCAGUUUGAACAAAUGUUGCUGGAUAAUCCUGGCAAAUUAAAUUUUAGUGCCACCACACUUAGCCUAAUUAACAAUUGGUGUAUGUUAAAUAUUGCGUCAUGGUUCAUUUUAAAUAUAUAGUUGUUGAGGAGUAUAAUUUUUUUUUUUUUUUUCCUUGACCACAAUUACUGAUGCAUUAUGCAGACUCUGACAUGAGCCGUUUAAAUAAUUACAUAGUGAUGCUCCAUGAUGGGAAAAUUUCUUAUACUGCAAAGCAAAACUCAACCUUAGAGAGACUGACUUAAAAUGCACAACUAGCAAACUGUAUGCUGCGUGAACUUAGUAAACAAUGUGCCACUUAUCGCAUGCCAGUUUGUUAAAGACUAUUCGUCUUCUGGACUGGACUACACAACAAAUAACUUUCGCAGACAAAUUUAUUGUUUAAGAAAAGUACCUGUUUCGCUUCCUUUGUCCAAGUUGUUGGAGCUGAAACCUUAGUUUUGUAUGUAUGUAAUAUAGCGUCACCGAUGUGGUGUAAAUAUCUGUAUAGUGUGCUUUCGCUUGCACAUAUACAGGAGGCUCAACUGUUGCUGUGGGACCAAGAACAAUGUUAUAACACUGUGAUAUUUAUCUCAUGAUAAAAUGGCACAGUUAUGUCAGACAAAUAUGAUUAAGUUUAUGUACAUGCAAUUUUUCUUCUCAAGCUACACAGAAACGAUUAGCAUUGUAAACAUGCAAAUAUGUGACUUGUUUUAUUCCUAUACCUGUAAGUUCUCAAUUACUAAAAUGCUGACCUAAAAUAUAGUAUUGGGAUUAUUGAUUAUUGGAUGUUUUAAAUUAGGGCACUGCUUUUUACAGCAUAUUGCUAAGUAAAUAUGCUACAAGGUACCCAUGUACAAAGCUGAUUAGACUAAAAUGCCAUGUGGAUUUUGUACUCAUUAAAUUAACUUUUUUUUUUAAUAAUUCAGUUUGCCCAAGUCACCUUAGAAUAAGAUCAUAACGCUUAGAUUUUGUUAAUUGCCAGCCAUCAUUUACUGUAUUAUGCUCAGUAAAAAAAAAACAGGUUCACGGAGAUCCCCCUUCUCACAGAAUUCUGUUCCAAACAUAAUCCAGCUCAGCUGUUCCGGCUGAUCAAGUAAACUGAUUAUCUGGUACACUUGUACUGGAUUAGGGCUGAAUUCUGUAAGAAGGUGUGAUGUUCAGAAAGAGGGUCAGUGGUUACUUCCCUAGAUGAAACGUGACAGCUUUGGUAAUCAUGGUAUCCCGUUCUAAAUCUAUUCAUUUUUAAAUGUUUAAUGUAAACACAAGCAGUGUUUAUUUUAAUAACAAAAUGUGUCAUCACCUAAACUGUUCCUAUUUAUAUCAUAUGAAUGAGUCCAGUUAAGAAUUUUAUACAGAUGUGGUGUUGUUUUUUUUAUUCCCCAAAAUGACUGAAGGCAAAAUGAGCUGUUUCAUUAAUACCACCCAUGGCAGGUCUUUUCAAAUUCAGGCAUGCUAAUGGAAAAAAAGUUUGUCCUAUUAUUGUUAAGAAUCUAGAAUAACAGAUUAUCUUUGUGUAUGUAAAGAAAGAACGGAAAGUAUUUGUUCAUGAUGGGCUGCUGUUUUGUUUUUUGUUUUUGUUUUUCCUUUUCCUUCUUGUCAUUGAAUUGAUGCUAACUAAUGGCUCCACUGAGAUCUGUGGCUAAGAUUAUUGCAACAAAAAAAAAAGCCACUAAAAUAUUUUCUAUUGCAGCUUGUAAAGUAAGUGCUUUGAGGGGGAAAAACAUUACUCAGUUUAGUCUACUCAAAAAGAUAUACGUUUUAAUGCCAUUUAGAAAUAAGCUUGCUGUACAACCCUGCAUUACUCAGUUGAUUAAAGAUUAUAUUACAGAA